AUGGAUGGGCACGGGAGAGAAGCUGCCCGCAGGCUUUCCGCCAGUGGGCUCCUUUCUCAGCAGGUACUGAGAGAGUCAGGCUCAGUCUCUGAAGGUGAGGAGGAGUCAGAAGGUGCUAACGUGGUGACCCACGAGAGGGACUCACACACACAUUACAUUGCCAUUCAAAGAAAUUCCAGGUACUACCAGUCCAUGAGGCUGCCGAGAAGAGAGAAAAGAAAGACUUCAAGAGAGGCAAUGCACAUGGGGCAUGCUACAGGUUCACUCAAAAACAACGAGCCCAUCAAAGAGCCUCUGAAUGUUUUGUCUCAUAAGGGAUCACCAUCUCCAGUAAACUCUGAUAAGACAACGUUAGACGAACUAUGGAUCCAAAGGCUGCUGCCUUCCUACCCCCGUUACCGUGGCAACCGCCCGGGCUCCCCCAGCCCCGCGCCGCCGCCGCUGCCGCCGCCGGAGCUGCUCGGCAGCCGCCUGCCGCCGCCGGCCAUGGAGCUGCUGGCCGCGGCGCUCAGCGCCGCCUGCGCCCUCGACCAGGACGGCUCGGCGGGACAGCCCGGCAGGGAGCCCCCCGCGGCCGCUGAGGAGAGCCCCGCCGCCGAGGCGCCGCCGCCCGCCCACCCCAUGACGGCCGACUCCUGGAGGAACCUCAUCGAGCACAUCGGGCUCUUGUAUCAGGAAUAUCGAGAUAAAUCUACACGCCAGGAGAUUGAAACCAGACGACUGCAGGAUUCACAGACAGACCCUGAGGAGAGUUCACCCAGCGAGGAAGCCCCAUCUGAAGCGGAACCUACAAGUACAACCGAAAGCAAAGGUCCACCACAAAUCAGUUUGCUGAGGAACUCCAACUCCAGGUUCAACUUAUGGCAGGAUCUUCCUGAGAUCCGGAGCAGCGGGGUCCUCAGCAUCCUCCAGCCAGAUGAGAUCAAGCUGCAGGAGGCCAUGUUUGAGCUGGUUACUUCUGAAGCCUCGUAUUACAAGAGUCUGAAUCUGCUGGUGUCUCACUUCAUGGAAAACGAACGUCUGAAAAAGAUCUUACACCAGUCCGAGGCACACAUCCUCUUCUCCAAUGUCCUGGAUGUUAUGGCUGUUAGUGAGCGCUUCCUGUUGGACCUCGAGCAGCGGGUGGAGGAGAAUAUUGUGAUCUCGGAUGUGUGUGAUAUUGUCUACCAGCAUACGGUUAAUCACUUCUCUGUGUACAUCACCUACGUCUCCAACCAGACCUACCAGGAGAGAGCUUACAAGCAACUUCUCCAGGACAAGCCAGCUUUCCGGGAAGUGAUCUCACAGCUGGAGCUGGAUCCCAAGUGCAAAGGCCUGUCCUUUUCUUCCUUCCUGAUUCUGCCGUUUCAAAGGAUCACUCGGCUCAAGCUGCUGGUGCAGAAUAUUUUGAAGAAAGUGGAAGAGAAGUCUGACAGGGAAACCACUGCCCUGGAUGCACAUAAAGAACUGGAAACAGUGGUGAAAGCAUGUAAUGAAGGUGUCAGGAAGAUGAGCCGAACAGAGCAGAUGAUCAGCAUCCAGAAGAAAUUGGAAUUCAAGAUCAAGUCUGUGCCCAUCAUCUCUCACUCCCGCUGGCUGCUGAAGCAGGGGGAAUUGCAGCAAAUGAAUGGUCCAAAGACAUCACGAACGCUUCGCACCAAGAAACUCUUCAGAGAAAUCUACUUGUUCCUUUUCAAUGAUCUGCUGGUAAUUUGCCGGCAAAUUCCUGGGGACAAGUACCAAGUGUUUGACUCAGCUCCCCGGGGGCUUCUUCGGGUAGAGGAGUUAGAAGACCAGGGGCAGAGUUUGGCCAACGUUUUCAUCUUGAGGCUGCUGGAGAAUGCAGAUGACCGGGAGGCCAGCUACAUGCUGAAGGCAUCAUCCCAGAGCGAAAUGAAGCGCUGGAUGAUUUCGCUGGCCCCGAACCGGAGAACCAAGUUCGUUUCAUUUACAUCCAGACUUGUUGACUGCCCGCAGAUCCAGUGUGUCCACCCAUACGUGGCCCAGCAGCCAGAUGAGCUGUCCUUAGAACUGGCUGAUAUCCUCAACAUCCUGGACAAGACAGACGACGGCUGGAUAUUUGGGGAGCGUCUUCACGACCAGGAGAGGGGCUGGUUCCCCAGUUCUAUGGGGGAGGAGAUCCUGAACCCCAAAAUCCGAGCCCAGAACUUGAAGGAGUGUUUCCGGGUGCACAAGUCGGAUGACAGUCAGCGGAGGAAACUGGGCAGCAGAAACCGCCAAUGACCGCUCGUGUCCCCGAGCAUCCGGAGCGCCUCUGGGAGAGGGGCAGAGGACAGAGGCUGCCAGCUGGGAGGAUGUGGUGGUGGUGCUGUGGGCCAUGGUGCAGGACCUGGUGUGCCGGACCAGGCACAUGCACCCCUGAACAAACAGACUGUAGUUCCUGGGCUCCCCACCAUGCUUCCCACGGCACUGAUCCUUUCCUGGAGAUCAGUGCUUCGAACUGGCUAAAAUAACCCCUUUCCAGGUGUUCUGUAAAGCCCCAAAGAGCACGAGCCAAAUGGACAGAGCCCGAAGGCCACUGGGUGCCGGCCAGCUGACCCCCAUUCCCUGCACACGUGCUACCUGGGGCUGGCUCAGGCCGCUUGGGAAAGGUACGUGGCCACAAAUGUAACUAAACAAUUAACAUCACCCAGUUUGAGCACUUACAGCUCAUCGCUGCCUUUUGAGGUUGGGGCCCUCCUAAAGCAGCAUCUUGCAGGGGUAGAAACUGAAGCAGAGGAGCUGUCUCGCUGCCUCUCACACAGCCUGCUGGCACCAGACUGGGACAAACCCCAGCAUCUCCACCUCCCCAGUCCUGCUGUGAAGCCGCUGGGCCCGUUCCCAUGGGCAGACCCUCCAUCUGCUUCCAGUCAAACGCUCUGAAAUGCUCCGUACCCAGCCCCGCUCCACCAGCAGCCCAACCUUGCCAGCCAUGACCCACAUCUCUGCCUGCCUGAUGGCCUUGAAGUACAUCUGGGCCCUGCCCCAUGGCUCACCCCCUCUUCCACAGCCAGCAACCCACCGCAGAGCCGCUGCAGAAGCCUGGCACUGUGGCCUUUCCCGGUUGAUCUGGCACUUGCCGUCUCCGCUGCUCACUGCUGCCGAAGCACAGAGCAGGGUGGCUGUGCCAGCGCCUCCCCACACACCACCACAUACCACGGGAGCACCAGCAGACCCGGGCUGCUAUGCAGCAGGCGAGUGACGUUACCCAGGAGCUGUUGUCCUGUGUGCUGUGGAAGGCCCAGCAAUCGCUGCCUGCAUGCUUGUAACCCACACCACCCAGUUGCGUGCACAACCUGUGCGCAUGAACUCCCUGUACAGGCUCACCUCUGUGUAUAUACGCAAGUUCUGUCGCCAGCAGAGCCAGAUCAUCACUCCUUCCAGCUGUGGCACUGAGCAUCGCAUGAAGCCCAGGGCACAGCACUGAGACCGGCCGGGAGAUGGACCCAUGGCAGCCGCCUGUUGUUCAACAGCCUCGCUCCGAACACUCCCACACAUGGCCACAGCAGAGGGCCUCUUAGCUACAGGCUGGCCCCAAGCUGCAGCCAGCGUCCAUCAGGGAAAUCAAUUAUUUGGCAUCUUUCUCUAACACUGCAAAGGAGAGUCUUCCAGGCGGUGUGGCCUGCGCUGCUGUAUGCUCCACCAGUGCCACGGUUGUGCUUGAAAAGGGGAUGGAGAGCAGCUGCCUGCCGACGGAGCCAUGCACAGAGAGCAGAGGAGCAUGGCCAUGCCGAUGGCAGCAUGGGGAGGAAGCAGGACACCGGGAAGCCGCUGGAGGGGGGCUCUGGAGCGCUGCGCUGGAGCUGGUCUUUGGGCCACGCGGGGCCCAGGUUACACGUGGGGUGUGUGGCGUGAGGCCGGACCCAGCUGAGGGAGGGCCGGGGCUGUCUGUACUGUCACUGCAGCCCUGGGACAGCCGGCCCAGAGUCAACCCUGCACUGGGGGGGCUGCAGCCAGCCCCCAGGACCAAACUGGUGGGAGCCACAGCAGUGAAGGGAGAGCGAAGGGGCUCCCCCGUCAGGCCUAGCUCAGUGCCACCACGUUAGCAUGUGACAACGGCCAGCAGGGCUGCGCCUGCCCUGGCCACCCGUAGCACCCCUGAGGGAGGGCCCCUGGGAGCUCGCACCAGCCGGAGGCUCCUGGCCA